CAGUGACUUUUUGUUUGAAUUCGGCAAAUUAGCCUCUCAAUAGCUCAAACGAAUCGCUCGCUUUUCGCUUCUCACUUCGCUCUCACCUCUCUGCUUCAACUUUAACCGGCAAAAGUACCGCAAGAAUCGAAUGACGGAGAAGAUUAGCAUUUGAAAGCGAAGUUUCAGAGAGAGGGAGAGUGCGGAGGAGUGAUGGCUUCAGGCCACAGAAACGGAGUUCACAAGGUCAUCGUGAAGGUGGAUCGGCCGGCGAAUCUUCGAACCUCAUCUUCCUUCAAAUCCAAGCCUCCUGUUCGCCGUAGCAGCUCCGCUCUAGCCGGUGCCGCAGCCCAUGACGACUCCGUUCCUGGAAGAGUAAGAGUGGCUGUAAGAUUGCGACCACGAAAUGCUGAGGAGUCGGUGGCAGAUGCAGAUUUUGCAGAUUGUGUGGAAUUGCAGCCAGAGCUUAAAAGGUUGAAGCUUCGGAAAAACAACUGGGAUUCUGAUACCUAUCAGUUUGAUGAGGUGCUCACUGAAUUUGCAUCACAGAAGCGUGUCUAUGAAGUUGUUGCAAAGCCUGUUGUGGAGAGUGUUCUGGAUGGUUACAAUGGAACAGUAAUGGCGUAUGGUCAGACUGGCACAGGAAAGACUUAUACUCUCGGGCAGCUAGGUGAUGAAGACACUUCGGCUCGUGGUAUCAUGGUUCGUGCCAUGGAGGAUAUACUAGCAGAUGUCUCUUUGGAAACUGAUUCUGUGUCGGUCUCAUAUCUGCAGCUUUAUAUGGAGAUGAUUCAGGAUCUCCUGAAUCCAUCAAAUGAUAAUAUUGCCAUUGUUGAAGAUCCAAAAACUGGUGAUGUUUCUUUACCAGGGGCUACCAUUGUUGACAUUCAUGACCAGCAAGGUUUUCUGGCAUUGCUGCGGUUAGGAGAAGCUCAUCGUGUUGCUGCUAACACAAAGUUGAAUACUGAAUCUUCUCGCAGUCAUGCUAUUCUAAUGGUACAAGUUAGGAAGUCUGUCUUGGGAAGAGAAGCUGCUUUUCCAAAUGAAAAUGAUGAUCCUUCCCAUUCUGUAAGUUCAUUUAAGCCACCUGUUAUUCGAAAAGGCAAGCUGGUUCUUGUGGAUCUUGCUGGUUCUGAACGAAUUCACAAAUCAGGAAGUGAAGGACACAUGUUAGAGGAAGCCAAAGCAAUCAAUCUCUCACUAAGUGCGUUAGGCAAGUGCAUAAAUGCACUGGCAGAAAAUAGCUCUCAUGUGCCUGUUCGAGACUCCAAGCUGACAAGGUUGCUUAGAGAUUCCUUUGGAGGCACAGCAAGAACUUCUUUGAUUGUAACUAUUGGUCCAUCUCCACGACAUCGAGGAGAGACUGCAAGUACCAUUUUGUUUGGACAGAGAGCCAUGAAGGUGGAGAAUAUGUUGAAAAUUAAGGAGGAAUUUGAUUACAAAAGUUUGUCUAGAAGGCUUGAGAUACAAGUUGAUAAACUUAUUGCUGAGAAUGAGAAGCAACAUAAGUAUUUUGAGGAUGAAAUCGAAAGAAUAACUUCAGAAGCACACUACCGUAUAAUGGAGGCUGAAAGAAACUUUACAGAUGAAUUAGAGAAAGAGAGAAUGAAAUGUCAGAUGGAUUAUAUGGAAUCAAUUAAAAUGCUUGAGAAAAAGUGGAUGCUGAAUCAACAAAAGAAUGGCAAGAAUGGCUUCACUGAUGGCUCUUGCAGUGAAGAGAGGGUUGUUGCCCCAGCUAGCGAGGAAGUGUCUGAGAUCAAGAAAUUGCUUCAGAAUGAAAUUCAAUUAAGAAAAGCAGCUGAAGAGGAGGUCAACAAUCUCAAGAAGCAACUAGCUGAAUGUACAUCAUCAGAGGCAGGUGGAACUGAAGAUACAGCAAAGCUUCGAAGAUUGCUAGAAGAUGAAACACGCCAGAAAAAGAAACUUGAAGAAGAAAUAUUCAUAUUACAGAAUCAAUUGUCACAAUUAACUUUCGAAGCCGACCAGACUAGGCCUCUAGAUAGAGGCAGGCCAGGGAAUGGCUUUACUGGUUUAGAUUAUCUUUCUCAGCUUAGCCAUUCACCUCUCAAAGAUGUUGGUAAUGGACACAGAUCAUUGAUCAGCAAUCUCCAUGAACAAGUUGGGUUGCAAAAGAUAUUGUCAUUGCUAGAGUCAGAAGAUGCUAAUGUACGGAUUCAUGCAGUAAAAGUGGUGGCAAACCUUGCAGCUGAAGAAGGAAAUCAGGAAGGGAUUGUUGAAGCUGGGGGUCUGACUUCCUUGUUGAUGCUUCUUAGAAGUUGGGAGGAUGAAACUGUGCGCAGAGUAGCUGCUGGUGCAAUUGCAAACCUUGCUAUGAAUGAAGCCAAUCAGGAACUUAUAAUGGGUCAAGGUGGAAUCGGUCUGUUGGCAAUGACGGCAGCUGAUGCUGACGAUCCUCAGACUUUGCGCAUGGUAGCUGGAGCUAUUGCUAAUCUUUGUGGGAACGAAAAGCUGCAAACAAGGCUGAGGUCUGAAGGAGGCAUCAAAGCAUUGCUACAAAUGGUGAGGUCUAGACAUCCCGAUGUGCUGGCCCAAGUUGCUCGUGGAAUUGCAAAUUUUGCAAAAUGCGAGUCUCGGGCAUCUACUCAUGGUACGAAAAAUGGACGAUCAUUUUUGAUAGAGGAUGGUGCGCUUCCAUGGAUUGUGCAAAAUGCCAACAGCGAGGCAUCAUUGAUCAGGCGUCACACCGAGCUCGCGCUUUGCCACUUGGCUCAACAUGAAGUGAAUGCCAAAGACAUGAUCAGUGGAGGUGCUCUCUGGGAGCUGGUCCGUAUCUCGCGGGACUGCUCCCGGGAGGACAUAAGGACUCUUGCUUGUCGGACUCUGUCUUCCAGCCCAACCUUCCAAGCCGAGUUGCGCCGACUACGAAUUGAGUUGUAGUCAUCCCACAACGGCUUUCUCAUGAUUUUUUCAUCAUCACCUAAAGGUGAGCACUCUUGUCCUUCCUGGAAUCCCUAAUUAGAGAACGUCCAAGGGUGGCCAUAGGACAGGUCAAAACGCAUUGAACCUAGUAGCCCCCUCUAUUGCUGCUUGUUGGCAAAAUUCAUAUGAAAAUCACCCCAAAAGAAGUUGCUCCAGUUUUGGUCCUGUGUAAAUUCAUUUGCUUAACCCCAGUGAGAGUGUAAUUUCCUUAUCCCCUGUAAAAUAAUGCUAGCAUAAUAAAUCCAGUCUCACAGGAUAUUUCAUUGGAGACGAUACCAAACUAAGCAUUAUGAGGUGUGAUUUUGUAAAACCUGAAUUUUAGAUUGUUUUUAUCAUACGGUACCAGUACUCCCA